GGUCGCAGCCAUAGAUAUCUGCAGAAGCCACUGUCAUCAACUUUUUAAAACUCCUGUGUUGCGCAGGGUUUGUUAUUAUAUCCCCCAGCACCAUAUCCAGACUCUGUCGAAUACAUCUUUUUGUUUUUAAAAUGAGCAUCCCAGUGGUGGACUUCGGCGCAUACAGCCUGAGCAAAGAAGAUGUUACAGAGGAGCAGAUGCACAAGUUGAGCCAAGAGCUGAAAACAGCUUUUACGCAAGUUGGUUUUGUGUAUCUGAAGAACACUGGGAUCACUGAGGAGGAGGUGGAUCGUGUUAUGGCUGUAUCGAAGACAUUCUUCCUGCAGGCAGAUGAAUCGAAACGACCCUUCAGGAGGACAAACUUUGCAGUCAGUCCUAACCACGGCUGGGUGUCUGUGGAGACUGAGAGGUUGAAUCCACGUCGACCUGGAGACCUAAAGGAGGCAUUCAACAUUUCUUCGUUUCACCCUGACAUUAAAUGGCCGCCAGCUAUAAAAGGAUUCCAGGAGAUCCAGACGUCUUUCUUCCACCGCUGUAAAGAGCUGAGUCUUCGUGUGCUGAGGGUCAUGGCCCACAGCCUGGGUCUGGACUCGGAGGUGUUCCUGAAUGCACACCGAUUCAUAGGAACUGGUGAGAAUGGCACAACUCUGCGGUCUCUGUACUACCCACCAAUAAACCAUGAGACAGUGAAGGAGGGUCAGCUGCGAUGUGGUGAACAUUCAGACUAUGGCAGCAUCACCCUGUUGUUUCAGUCUUCUGGGGGUCUGCAGGUGCGCACACGUUCAGGGGAAUUCAUCACUCCUUCCAAGGUCCCCGGAGCCGUCCUCAUCAAUAUUGCUGACUUGAUGCAGCGCUGGACCAGUGAUGAGUUUGUCUCCGUGCUCCACAGAGUUUUGCUGCCCCCUGCUGGAGACUCCAGCGGACGUCAGUCUCUGGCUUUCUUUGUCCAGCCAGAUGAUGAGGCUCUGAUCACCUGCUGCGAUGGCUCCAACAAAUACCCUCCAGUUACAGGAGGUGGAUACCUCAACCAGCGCCUCAAAGCCUCAUACGAACAAAACUGAAUCUCUGCCCAUCACUUCAUCUGGACACAACUGUCAAUUACAGACUUGGAAAGUCUUUUAUGUUUUAUUAUAAAGUCACUUUUAUCAAACUGAUCAAUGUGUCACUUUGGAUCCCAUGUUGCUUUUUAAAUUGUGAAUAUGAUUGAGAGUAUGAUGUUGUUUUUUAGAUAAUCAGUGAACCAGUGUGUAUGAUUAAAAAA